UUGGACUGUCCCCACCGGGAGCUUUGACUCCUUCCUGGUCCAGUACAAGGAUGCAGAUGGCCAACCCCAAGCGUUGCCCAUGGAGGGAGGCUCCCGUGACAUCACUGUGACCAACCUGGCUCCUUCCCGCAGAUACAAGUUCAACCUCUAUGGAGUCUCUGGGCGCAAACGGUCCAACCCCCUCUCCACAGAUGCCACCACAGCCCCAUUAGCCACAACGCCACCGGUUCAGCCUAGCUUGGGAGAGCUUUCUGUUUCCAACAUCACCCAUAAUUCGGCACUUCUCUCGUGGACUGUCCAUACUGGGAACUUUGACUCUUUUGUGAUCCAGUACAAGGAUGUGGAUGGCAAGCCCCAGGCCGUACCUGUGGAAGGGAACGCGUAUGAAGUCAUCCUCCCCAACCUGGUUCCUGCCCGCAGAUAUAAGUUUAAUCUCUACGGCAUCUCUGGUCGCAAGCGUUUUGGCCCAGUUUCUGUUGACGCCAUCACAGCUCCACUAUCUCCAAGUCAGGACAAAGAGGAGAAUGGAUCUCCAGGGCCAACCCCAAAUCCCAAUCUCGGGGAGCUCUCUGUGUCUGAUGUCACCAGCAACUCUGUCCGCCUCUCUUGGAAUGUGCCUGCUGGGAUCUUUGACUCCUUCCAGAUCCAAUACAAAGAUACUGAAAACAAACCACAGUUGGUGCCUGUGGACAAGGAGACCAACACCAUUGUGAUCUAUUAUCUGGUACCUUCCCAUCAAUACAAGUUCGAUCUGUAUGGCAUCUCUGGACGCAGACGUUUUGGACCCAUCACUGUCAGUACCGUCACAGCAGACGAUGAGAAGCUGCAAAAAGUGCCUGGAGAGGUGGACCAGGAGGUCACGGCUGGAGUGAACCCCCGUCUCGGUGUGCUCUCGGUCCCAGAGGUCACCAGUAAUUCAGCCCAUCUAUCAUGGAGUGUCCCAGUGGGAAACUUUGAUUCUUUCUCAGUCCAGUACAAAGAUGCUGAGGGAAGACCCCAGAUGCUUCCUUUAAGAGGAGAGUCCCGUGAGGUCAUCAUUUCCAAUCUAUCACCUUCCCACAAAUACAAGUUCAAUCUUUAUGGUAUCUUUGAAAAGCAGCGUCUCGGACCAAUCUCCGCCCAUGCGGUGACAACAGCUGCAGAAACAUCUGGACAGGUUGAAGAAAAGAAACAACCAGAGGAAACUGCAGGCAAGAGCGUUCAGCCCAGCCUUGGAGAUGUCACUGUCUCUGAGGUCACCCCUGAUUCUCUUCUCCUCUCCUGGAGCGUUCAAGAAGGAAGCUUUGACUCUUUCAUCAUUCAGUACAAGGAUGCUGCAGGCAACCCCCAGACAGUACCUGUUGACGGAGCCAUGCGCUCCCUCCACCUCUACAACCUCACACCUUCACAGAUAUAUGAAUUUGACCUAUUUGGAGUUUCUGGCUACAGGCAUCUUGGGCCUCUCUCAGUUCACACCAUGACAGAAGUAUCUGAAAGAGAAGAGACUGUUCAGCCCCAGCUAGGAGACCUCACCGUCUCUCGGGUUACAAAUGACUCAGUGGCUUUGUUCUGGACCGUGGCUGCUGGAAAGUUUGAUUCUUUCUUGCUCCAGUACAAGGACGCAGAGGGCAGGCCCCAAGUGCUGCCCCUGAACGGCACCUCACGCGACAUCGUCAUCCCCAACCUGGCUCCCUCUCACAGAUACAAGUUCAACCUUUAUGGCCUGAAUGGGCGCAAACGCCUUGGUCCCAUUUCUACUAACGCCGUGACAGGCCAGGGCACCCAACCACUUAAGCUUGGAAUAUUGUCAGCUCAUAACAUCACAUCGGAAUCCCUUCUUCUGUCCUGGACUGUGGAAUCUGGGAAUUUUGACUCCUUUAUUAUCCAGUACCGGGACGCAGAAGGCAAAUCCCAUGCGUUGCCUGUAGAUGGAGGUUUGCGGUUGCUCCGGUUCCACGACUUGGUCCCUUCGCACCGAUACAAGUUCAACCUUUAUGGGGUCUCCCAUCGCAAGCGUCUUGGGCCCAUAUCGGUGGAGGCUGUUACAGUCCCAAAACCUUCUGGGAUAAAAGCUGCUCCUAAACCCAGUCUGGGGAAACUCUCAGCUUCCAACAUCACUGGCACCUCUCUCCGUCUGACCUGGAAGGUCUCGACUGGAAAAUUUGAAUCCUUCAGCAUUGAGUACAGAGACGCAGAGGGGAAUCUCCAGGCACUGUCUGUAGACAGCAGUGCCCGGGACAUUGUCGUUUCCAACCUCGUGCCCUCACACAGAUAUAAGUUCAACCUCUACGGCAUCUCUCAACAGAAACGAUUAGGUCCUGUCUCUACGGAAGCGGUCACAGCUCGAGGGAAGGACUCAGAGACCAAACCCAAGCUGGGUGAUCUCUCCAUCUCUGGAGUCACCAAUGAUUCUGUCCGCCUUUCAUGGACUGUCUCGUCUGGGAAAUUUGACUCCUUUCUUGUCCGAUAUCAGGACGCCCAAGAGAAGCCUCAAACCAUGCCCGUUGAUGUGGACUCCCGGACAGUUUUCAUCUCCAACCUAAUACCUUCCCACAAAUACACAUUCAGCCUCUAUGGCCUCUCUGGGAAGAAACGGUUUGGACCAGUCUCUAUCGACGCCGUCACAGCAGCUUUCUCAGAACACACCAGCAGUCCGGCCCCCUCGCUUGAUUGUCUUGUUGUCUCUGAAGUGACAUCUACGACUCUGCAGCUCACCUGGGACGUCCCCGAGGGAGAGUUUGAUUCCUUCCUAAUUCGAUGGAAGGACUCUCUGGAAAGUGGCCCAAGGCCUGCCCUGGCCAAAGAAGUUAAAGUGCCCGGGGAUGAGCGCUCCGUCACACUACAGGGACUUGCACCCAGCACUGAAUACAGCCUUACAGUCUAUGGCAUCAAGGAUGAGACGGAAGUGGCCGAUAUCAGCACGGGAGCAAGGACAAGCGGGCUAGAGUUGGAUGGUCCCCAGGACUUGCGCUUCAGUGACAUUCAUGAGACCUCUGUGGUAGCCAACUGGAGACCCCCAUCUUCUCGCAUUGAUGGCUACAAAGUUUCUUUCCAGCCUUCAGAUGGAGGAGAGCCUAAAAGCAUUCCAGUGGAUGGAUCUCAACUCAGGACAAUCAUAGAGGGUCUGACUCCUGGGGCCAGCUAUGAGGUUGCCGUGAUGUCUAUCCGUGGGUUUGAAGAGAGCGAGCCGUUGGUGGGUUAUGUCACCACAGUGCCAGACGGCCCUUCCAAUUUGCGUGCUGUCAAUGUAACCGAUACCUCUGCCGUGCUGACGUGGCGUCCUGCAGUGGCUGAGAUGAACAACUACAUCGUCACUUACGGGCCUAUCACGGGCCUACAGGUCUCCGAAUCAGUACCAGGAAAUCGUGUCCAGCUGCAGCUGUCAGAUCUGCAUCGGGACAUGGAAUAUUGGGCUAAUGUCUAUGGGGAAAAGGAAGGAAAUCGUAGUUCUCCAAUCAGCGCUACUUUCACUACUGGAGCAGAUGGGCCCCGGGACCUUCAUGCUACAGAAAUUUCAGCCCGCAGUGUGCGUCUCACCUGGUCACCCCCUCGUGCCUCAUCUGAGGGAUACCUGUUGAGUUAUGAAACCCCUGAUGGACAAUCAAAGGAGAUCCCUCUGGAUGCUUCCGUCACCUCGUAUGAACUUCAAGAUCUCAUUCCUUCAAGCUGGUACCGGGUCCAGGUCCAGGCAGUGAGGAGAGGCGCACCAACAGCCUCCAUCUCCACGUCCUUCACCACUGGCCACCUGACAUACCCCUUCCCUCGGGACUGCUCAGAAGAAAUCCAGAAUGGGCCAGGACCCUCACGAGCAACAACAAUUUAUCUAGGGGGCAACCAGGAACAUCCCUUGCAGGUGUUCUGUGACAUGGAGACAGAUGGAGGAGGCUGGAUUGUCUUUCAACGUCGGAUGAACGGUGAGACGGAUUUCUGGCGGGAUUGGCGGGAUUAUGCUCUUGGCUUUGGCAACCUCACCCGGGAAUUUUGGCUAGGGAAUGAUGCCCUGCACCAGCUGACGUCUUCAGGGGACUACGAGCUACGUGUGGAUCUCCGCGCUGGCAAUGAGUCCGUCUAUGCCACCUAUCAGAGCUUCCGCGUGGACCCUCCAGCUGACUAUUACCGCCUGCAUCUGGGCAGUUAUCAUGGCACAGCUGGUGAUGCCUUCAGCUACCACUCAGGGAGCGUUUUCUCCACUCGGGACCGGGACCCAAAUCGGGUCCUCAUCCCCUGUGCCAUCUCUUACCGUGGGGCAUGGUGGUAUCGCAACUGCCACUACACCAACCUCAAUGGGCUCUACUUUAACAACCGCGAUCACCAGGGCGUCAACUGGUUUAACUGGAAAGGAUUUGAGUUUGCCAUUCCUUUCACUGAGAUGAAACUGCGGCCCAGCACCUUCCACCCUCUGCAGCAGUCAUGAGUGGGGGGACGCGGGUGCUGACGCAGGACGGACUAAGGGAGAGAGCAAUGGAGGAAAAGCAGCAACCACAGCAACAGGAAACCCCACCACGACCCCUUUGCAACAGGAUACCUCACACCCAGACUUCAUUCUGCUUUUCUGGCCCACCCUGAGAAGAAGAAGAAUGGACCGAAACCAAGAAAAAUAGUUGGUGUUAUAAUCUCAUUCUCUGGUUGUCGAGACUUGAGACAUCCACCUAAGUCAAAAGGAAGAGAGAGCUCAGAGUUUAAGAGGGUGGGAGCAACUGAUGAAUUUGAAUGAUAGGAGAGGCGAUUUUGGGGGAGAGCUUUCAAGAGAGCGAAGAGGGCAGGUUGGCGAGCAGAGCUUUGGCUACAGAGACCAGGUUCCCUUCCCUUCACUUCGUUCUGGGUCUGGGAAUCAAUUAGUUUGCAGCAUCGCAAGGCCCAGUUCUGACCCAGAGUCUCUACUUCCUGACCCCAUUUGCUCCUCAUCUGCUCACCAACUAAAGAUUUUCCCCUUCCCUCUUCAGCCUUACUCUGAAUCCAGGCUUCUUUUUCUUCCUCCCAGAAAUACUAUUCAAAAUGGAGUUAAAGUCAUAGGUAGUUAGUGAAUGCAGCUUAACAUAAAAGCACUUUUAAUGUUUCUUUUUUAAAUUCCUUUGGGGCCUUAUGGAAGCCUUGUGAACUCAAGCCACAGACUGUCCACCCCACCGUAAGCUUUUUGCCUCCUGUCUCCCAGGCUUUCCCAUCUAAAGGUAAUCUAAGAGAGAUGACUGAAACACAGAGGUAGGGGACAGAGUGGAAAAAGAAUUGAAGAAAAUUGGAAAGACCUCAGAUUCAUUCUUGUCCUUACAAUAAUAAUACCCUCAACAGUCAGUCGAGGGUACAACAAUUAUCUUUCCAUUUAUAGCAAGAUAGGCCAGUUCCUAUGUUCCAUGCAGUCCCUCUCUUUUCCUUACACCAGGUUUUGGGGACCACGUGAGGAUUCAUUCUCACUUAAAUGCAACAUUUUCAGGAAAUUCCUGCACCUAGAAACCUAGCAUUUUAUGGAUGGCUAGGCUAAAUUCUUUCUUCCUUGCUCUCCAGUUUUUCUAAGCGUAGAGGAUUUGUUGGAAGGGUAUGGACCAAAUCUAUGUUGACUGUUUCCGAAAAAAGAGCAUUUUCCUGCCUCUUAGCCAUACAUAAAGACUUGCGGUUGGGCACUUUAUAGGGAAUAAUUGUAUUGUGAGCGUUAUCAUUGUAAGGCAUUUGCUAUUCCAGUGGUUCUUAAAAAGUGGGGACAGUUACCCCCAAGGAGGUGAUUUGGGUAAAUCCUGGGGGUAGUGGGCAAUUUGUAAUUGCUGUUUGUAAGUUGAGGAUCCCGUUUGGAAUGCUACUGCCGAGACACUUGUGUAAAAUAACAUAGUCAGAUUUUUUUGUGGGGAUGAUGGCAUUCUUCGAGACCGGGAAAAGGUCACCAGAAGGAACAGGGUCAGGCAGUUUAAGAAUCACUCUGCUAUCCUAUUCCUUCUGGUGCCCUUGUGGGCUGGACUAAGUCCACCCAGGUUUGUGGGAAAUACAGCUGAUAGACUGGAGUUGGAGAAAGGCUGGGGUGGAUGUCAGAAUUAGCCAGAGAGUUCAUACAAAAUCAGAGAGAGGGAAAUGCAAUCCAAAUGCGGGAACGGCUUCCCAGUCAACCUGCUUUCCAAGUCAAAGUGGGACCAAACAUUCUUGGUCCCUUUUUUGAACCCAUCUCUUUAGUGGACCAGACGGACUUCCUUUGAAAGAUCCAAAGAGAUCAAAAUGUUGUAUUAUGAUCCUACUUUUUAACGAUCGGUUUACUAAUACAUUAGUACAAACAACCGACUGAAUGAAAGGUAGCAUUCUCAGAUUUGUUUAAAACAGUCCUGAUUGUAACCAGACAGUGCUAGGAGUAUAAAUUGUAAAGUGGGACAGGGAGAGAUGCUUAAUAAAAUCCUACCCUUGAUUUUCCCUUUUUCAAA